AUACAUUCCUGUGUAUCUUGACUUCGACCAUAUGUUGGAUGCUCUAUUAUAAUUUAUAAGUAUAGAUUUUAAAAUAUCUCAGUUGUGUAGCAUAGGGAGUAAAAAAGGUUCAUAUCAAUGUUUCAAUGUAAAUUAAGACCAAAUCUUUCAUUCGCGAAUGUCUCAGGUAAUAUUAAGUUUACUGUCGUGCUGGUAAUGGCGUUGGUGAACACAGUAUGUGUCGUUGUGAGCAUAGGUUUAAUUAAAUUAAGCUUAGGUGAUGUAUUCUCAUAUACAAACAUGGGAUAUGGAAAUAAUCAAUAUGGAAUCAAAACGGCGUACUUCUGGACACAUCCAGACAAAGGUUUAGUUAAGAAUCGGCUGAUGCAAAUAACGAUUGGCGGCCGGACUUGUAACGCAGUGCACGUGAAUGUUGUAGCAAGGCAUGGUGCUAGAUAUACUGGCUUAAAAGAUAUGCGUUCUUUCACUUUUCUUCAACGAAAACUGAAAAACAAUUUUUCCAAUCAGAAUUAUAACUUUAUAAACGACUGGGUUAAUAAUUACCCCGAAGAAAAGACAGAACAACUAACAGCGCUGGGGAGAAGAGAAAUGGCUUAUCUAGGAAAGUACUUUGGAACUGAGCUGUUUGAUUUAUUAAAUGGGACAUUAGGGGUAGAUGGCACGCCGAAAUUCUUAAAUUUUACAGCUACGCAUAAAGUACGGACACAAAAUAGCGUUAAAUUUCUCUAUAGCGGUUUAACAGACGUUUUCUUCGGGAAAAAUUCAACGAAUAUAAAUCCUAAGAUCAGAGAUGACAUUCUACGGUUUUAUGACAACUGUAAAAAGUAUGAGCAUGAUAUCGCAGAUAGGAGUGAGGUACUAAAAUUCGAGAACGGUCCAAAAUUUCAAAAGAUGCUCCGGGAUAUCACUAAGAGACUUGGUGCCAAUGUUUCAAUGUCAAUCGGUGACGCUAAGGUUUUGUACGUGUUAUGUGCGACGGAGCUUGCUAUUAUGAACAAGGCUGACUGGUGUACCUUAUUGACAGAAGACGACAGAGAAGUACUGGAAUACGACAAGGACAUUGAGGAGUAUUUAAUCAAGCUGUACGCUCACCCGGUAGUUGGUCAAAUGUCAUGUCCACUUGCUAAAGCUGCUUUUACAGAUAUGGAUUCGGCUAUCGCUGCAAACGAUCUUGGAUCAAGCUACACGAAAGGCAUAUUUCAAGUUGGUCAUACUGACACAGUAGUUGACCUUGCCACCGGUUUAGGCCUGUUCAAGGACGCCGAUGCCAUCAGAGCAGACAAUUAUGAGGCCAUGAAGAACAGAACAUUCAGGGCAUCAUCCCAUGACACCUUCUCCUCUCAUCUGGCAUUUAUUCUCUACAAUUGUGGUGGAUCAGGGGCAGAUAAUUAUGCAUUGAAACUGGUUUACAAUGGGAAACCUGUCACUAUCCCAAAAUGCAACAGUGAAACAUGCUGGUACAGAGAUUUUAGACUGGGUUACAAACAUUUUAUUGAUGACUGUGAUUGGAAUAAAGUGUGCUCAGUCAAUGAUGGUCAGCCUAUAGUGGGCUAAUGAAUAAUUUUAUGUAGAAAGGAUGUAGAUAGAUGGGACUUUUAACCAACUUUGUGCACACCUAACGUUUUUUUUAAACUAUCUGGUAUUUUUGUAUGUUAUUUGCUAUUGUCUUAAUACUAAUAAAUUUGAUACUUUCAGAGACU